CUUUUUGAUCCUCACACGUUUCUUUCUCAUUCUCACUAAGUCACACAAUACAAGGAGCAAAUACCAAAUCACUUAGAAAAAAUUAAAAGUAAUUAAAUUAAAUAUUGAUCCCAUCCUAAUAAUCUCUAUCUAUAUAAACAACCACAACUCAAUUACAGAAUUUACAACUGUCUUAGAGAAAGGAAAAAGAAAAACAAAGCUCGCAAAAUAAAUCACAUAUAUUUUAGCUUGCAGUGUCUCUAAUGGCACGGUAUGAGCCAUAUAAUUAUAACAUUGGUGUUAACCCUUCGUUACCACAUAUUAACCAAACUCAAGAGCUAAUGACUCUGGACUUACCAGUUUCUACUACUCCGUCCAGUUUCAUGAUUUUCUCCAAUGGAGAUUUAGUUGAUGCCCGUCACAACAAUUCUCACUUCUCCCCAAAUUUAUUGCACGGUGAUUUGGGAAGAAAAGACAAAAAAGAAGAGAGUGGGUCGAAGAGAAAAAGAAAGAGGUCGGAAGAGGAAGAAUCCAUUAAUGAAGAUGAUGUUGAGAAGCCAAGAGAUGUUGUUCAUGUUCGAGCUAAGAGGGGUCAAGCUACAGAUAGCCACAGUUUGGCUGAAAGGGUACGAAGAGAGAAGAUAAAUGAAAGGCUGAAGUGCUUACAAGACCUUGUUCCCGGCUGCUACAAGACAAUGGGUAUGGCAGUGAUGCUUGAAGUCAUCAUAGAUUAUGUUCGAUCUCUGCAGAAUCAAAUCGAGUUCUUGUCCAUGAAACUCUCAGCGGCAAGUGCGUAUUAUGACCUUAAUUCUUUGGAUAUUGAGCCAACGGAUACAUUUCAGGGAGGGAAUAUGUAUAGUGCUGAAGAGAUGGAAAAGAUCUUAAGAGAAAGUGUAGGAACACAGCCUCCGAAUUUCAGUUCAACAUUGCCCUUUUGAUCAUAAGAAAAUAAUCAUAAAAGUUAUUCUAUAAUUAAAUCUAUAAAUAAGAACUUAUCAUAUCAGUAUACGUUUAUCAUAAAUGUAUAACCUUAUGAAGCUCAUGCAUAUAUGUAACUUUGAAAUAAUAUAGAGUAAAAGUUAUGUUACUAUCUCCUCUUUGUCAGAGGAAGGCUGUUUGUUUAAGGUCUUAUUGAAAGGCCCCCCGUAUUAUCCACGUGACUUCAUGGCAUCGUUGGUUUCAGUUUCCAGCAUAGAAGCAUCAUGUGUGCUAUCUAGUUCUAUUAGGGAUAUAUAUCCCACAUCCAGAAUUCUAAAGGACAUUAAGUAAUAUAUAAAGGGUUAUGAUCAAAUAGUUAUUUUGAUAUUAAACAUUUUACAUGUAAAACAGUAAAUUUUCAAUGGCUCAGAUGGUAAAACUAAGCAUGUGCACCCAUAAUAUCACAGGUUCAAUUCUCCUUUCAUGUAUAUUUAAUUUUUAUUAAUAGUGAUAUGAUGCACCCAGUUAAGAAGACUCCUAGAUUUGCCCAUGUAUAUAAGUCGUGAUUAACCUUUUCAACCGGGUAUAAAGGUUGUGUUAAACUCGCUCGACCGAGUAUAAAUGUCCUAAAAUUCCGAGAUUUCUGGCCGAUAAGAACCAUCAUCUCGAGGAGGGGUAUUAGGGAUAUAUAUCCCACAUCGGAAAUUCUAAUGGACAUUAAGUAAUAUAUAAAUGGUUAGGACCAAUCCACUAAUCACCAAUUGGUUUUAAGUUGGAAAUCCAUAAUAAAACUCGAAUCUAACACAUGGCAUCUUUACCCUUAUCAUCAAUCUAAAUGUCGAGAUUUGAGGAUUUCUCUGCAUUUCGUGUUGCUUUUGUGUGAUGAUUGCCUCUACCUAUAGUACUUUUAAUUCCGAUUUGGCUGUUGUAGCAACCGUUCUUUUGGCCGUUUUAACAAUGUUUUAAUUUGUAAGCAAUUCUUACUCCCUUGUUGGAGAGUAAUCUAGCUAUAUCAAGCUUUAGUUGACCAAAAAAGGGGGUGGGGGUGGGAACAAGAAACUCUAUUUUGAAAUAACAUAUGAUUUUGAUAUUACAUGGGAAGACACAACAGGAUGUUUUAUUGUUCAGCACAUACUGACAAAUUCACACUUUUGGCUUGCAACAAUUUUGUUGGGAUAUGCUUUGUUGAUAGGCUUUUCUCGGGGCUAAUACUAACGCACGCCAAUGCAAUCUUGAGCACAGCAAUGACCUCUCUUCUUCACACUCUUUGUCCUAAGGCACUACACACGGAUACAAAAUGUCUGACAUCUCUUUUUCUCAUCAAUACACAUCUUUCUCCACUUCACUCUAUCCAUUUCAGAUUUACCCACAAACAUAAUCGGUAAUCGAUCUUCCCUUUAUCAUCUAUAGCAAGAUAAUCCCAAAUGAGUGUACAUCCCAAUUCUGUUAUGGCUUCACUGUGGCUUUCAUGGCUUCAGGAGCUCAAAAUUUGUAGAUAUACCAAUCGAUGACGAUGAGGCGCUCUUGUGGAAUGGUCAGUCGAUUGUGGUUUAUUAUAUUGUUGGCUAUGCUAGAGAGGUACUGCAUGAGUCCCAAACUCCAUGUCUUGUCCAUGUAUAUUGCUGAAUUUCAGAGAUCUACGAACCUAAUUUUUGGAGCUAAGCGCAUUAAGAUACACCAACCUCCCUCAUUAUCUUUUACCGAACUUACCAGUUAAGACAGCUCCUUGCAUGCCACCAUACCGGGAUUUUCUAUAAUUGACAAAAUGAAAAAUUUAAUUUCAAUACAGAGAAAAGAUAAAAUUCUUUACCGGGGAGUGUGCGUCGGCAAAGACGCCCGUUAGCAAAUUAAUGUAUCACAGUAAU